AUGGAACAAACAGAAGUACCGUACAACCUCAAUCUGCCAUACUCAAAACUCACACCAACACUCAACCUAGCUUCAUCGCUAUCAUCGACUACGUCAUCAAUAGCUCUGCUUUUAACUACAUCGCUACCGCUAUUGAUUGCUUAUCCUAUAGUAUUGAUAUCACAAGGCUUGAUCCUAACAACGACAGCAACAACAGCAACAACAACAAUAGCAGCCAGUAAAUCUAUCGAAGAUGGUAUUGUUAAUGCACCUCUGCUAUCGCUGCAGGUUGCUGCGGCAUUGGCAUCAAGUCUGGCUAUAUUAUUGUUGAUCUUCAUUGCUCAAUGGAUGAAGAUUGUUCCACAUGACAAUGAGACCAUCUCGAAGGAAACAGAGUCGAGGACUAAUACGGUGACGAUUUACUUGUCAAUCAUAUUUGCACUACUAUCCACCAUUUUCCUCCCCUUUGAUCGAUGCAGUAUGAUUAUAUUUGGUCUUUACUUAAAUUCGUUCAAUAUCUAUACUCCAAUAAUGUUGUUUCUAGACCUAUUAGUAUUGCACACGAGCUCACCCAACAACUCAGAUCAAGAAGAGUCCAAAAUUUUGAUUGUGUUGGGGUAUGCAUUGAUUGGCGUCGCGUGUACAAUGUUGCGGAAAGCCAAUAGUAUCAAAAUCGGUCUAAACCGAAAAGUGGUUAUAUUGACAACUGUUGCGGGUGGGAUAAUUUGGUUGUGGUUGAGCAAGGUAGUUAGUUUUAGUAUGAUGACAGUCAAUUUGAUUACAGUUGUUAUUAGUCUUGUUACGUUUCAAGAGUUUCCUACUUACACUGGUACCAACAACAAUGAGGAUGCACUACAAGUGCAAGUUUUGUUCUUUAUGGGAUUGAGUUUGGUUGGUAGUGUGUUGAAGUAUCUUGUGUUUCAACAAUUUAAGUUUUGGUCUUGUUUAGGUGAGAUGGUGUUGACGGUGUUGAUUAUACCUGGGUUAAAAACAAGUCAGCGAUACAAACUGCUUCGAAAUGGGACCAACGACAACAUCAAUGUGACAACCACUGCUACAUCAUCAUCAUCAUCUUCUUCUUCUUCUUCUUCUUCUUCGUCAAUUUUAUCACAAGUGGUGAAACAUCAAGAUACCAGAGCAAUAUUCAAUUUCUUACUCCUCAAUGCCAGUUUCAUGAUUAUCCAAUUUCUUUAUUCAUUCAGAUCGAAAUCAUUAGGUCUUUUAUCGGACUCAUUACACAUGUUACUAGAUUGUUUAUCGUUAGCAUUGGGUCUCGUUGCUGGUGUUUUAUCGAAACGCGAUAUUGAUAAUGCUCUGAAUUUCCCAUUAGGUUGGUUCCAUUUGGAAAAUUUGGCGGGUUUUACCAAUGCUACGUUGUUGAUAGGUAUUAGUGGAUCCAUCAUGUUUGAAGCUGUGGGGAGAUUGAUCAACCCUGUGAAUUUACAACGGACUAAUGAGUUGAUUGUGGUUUCGGUAUUGGGGUUGUUGGUUAAUCUUGUUGGUGUUUUUGCUUUCAAUCAUGGGCACGGGCAUAGUCACGGACAUAGUCAUGGACAUAGUCAUAGCCAUGCGAGUCCACAACAUGCCGCACUGCAUCUGCAUCUGCAUCUGCAUACUCACUCAUCUACUAUUCACUCCACAAAUGGAAACGAUGCCGUUAAUGACAACAUGAGAGGUAUUUUCCUUCACAUACUAGCUGAUGCACUCGGAUCAGUAGGAGUAGUAAUCUCCACCGUCUUGACCAAAUGGUUCCACUGGCAAGGAUUCGACCCCAUUGCGUCAUUCAUUAUCGCCCUCUUAAUUCUCGCAUCGGCUAUCCCAUUGAUCAAAUCCACGUCAUCUAGCUUAUUGCUAAAAAUACAACCACAUCAAGAAUCAAUAAUACGACACACAUUGCAUGAAGUUUCCCACAUCAAGGGAGUUAAAUCAAUCACAACACCGAGGUUUUGGCCUAGUGGUGGUGCCAAAAUCAAUGGAUAUGUACAUGUACAGAUCUACCGGGGUGAGAAUAGUUGGUAUAUCAAGAAACAAAUUGAACGAUUAUUUCAUGACGAUGGUAGUGGUAAUAGUGGUGGUAGUGGUGGUAGUGGUGGUAAUGGGUUGUUUAGUGAUGAUGUAAUGAUUCAAGUUGAGAAUGAUUAUGAUGAUUGUUGGUGUCGAAAGACAAAGUAG